UCACAAAUUAUCUCAGCUCAUCAUUUCUUUUUCUGGGAUUCUCGCUGCGGAGCGAAGGUUCUGGGUAUCAAUUAGAAUUUCGUUAAUGGAGAAAGGGAUCUUUUUGUUGCUGUUGGUGAUUCUGUUUGGGAAUUUAAUGUUCACCGGCGUAUCCGUUAGGGUUCCGAUUUGUGCUAUGAGGUCUGUUAAAGAUUACGCCUUAGGGUUUCGAGAGCAGACCUGUCCAUUUUAUGGUGAUGAAUUAGCCGAGCGUCCUCAUUUCGUUGCCGUCACUGAGGGUGAUGAGCGUUGGUUGCAAACAGCUUUGGAUAUGAUUCAUAAGAACAAGUGUGACUAUGUGGCUUUGCUCUUCUAUGCAUCAUGGUGUCCUUUCUCAAGGUCUUUUACUCCGAGUUUUGAUCUCAUCUCUUCUCUCUACUCAUCAAUUCCUCACUUUGCAAUUAAGGAAUCGGCCGUUAAGCCAAGUACUCUCUCUAAGUAUGGAGUUCAUGGGUUUCCUACUCUCUUACUUAUGAAUUCAACUAUGCGGGCACGAUACCGAGGGACCAGAAUGGUUGAUUCUCUUGUUGCUUUCUACAGAGAUGUUACUGGCAUUGAAACGCUGGAUAAGACUUCUCUCGAGAAGAGCUUAUUGGUUCCUCAUCUCGGGAACGAAAACAACACUGAGCCAGAGAACUGCCCUUUCACAUGGGCCAGAUCGCCUGAGAAUAUGCUUCGACAAGAAACCUAUCUAACUCUUGCUACUGUAUUCGUACUGUUGAGAUUGCUCUAUUUCGUUUUCCCUGCACUGGUUGUGUUUGCCAAGUUUACUUGGCCACGGAUUGCUCAAAACAUGAGAUUAGAAAGCCUGCAAGAACAUACGGUCGGGUUUCUGAGCCGACUAUGCAUGUAUCUUAGAGAGCCUUGCAAGAGGAGCAAUCUGCAGGGAGGAGCCAUGAACGCUAGAGCAUGGGCCUCCAAGUCUUUGGCAACCGUCACAAUUGGGGACUCGAGCUCAUCAAACAGAGCAAGUUCAGCUUCUCAUUGACUUGAAACUUUUAAAAGAGCAAAUGUAAUCACCUAAAUGUUUGGGCAUAUGCUACAGCUCUUUCCUGUAUAAUCAGCAGUUCCUCUGGAGAGGGGCUAAUUCAUAGCUAAAUAUUUUGUAGCAAAUAUUAUAUAAGUCAGUUCCUGAUUUUUCUGCCAA